AUGGUGUCCAGCAAGUUUUCUCUCGCCGCCACGGCUGUUGCAGCCCUGGCUCCCCUGGCGUCUGCUUUCGAUGCCUCCUCGAGAUCCAACCUUGCCAUCUACUAUGGUCAAGGUCCUGACCAGCUCCGCCUGAGCCACUUCUGUAAAGAGACCUCCUUGGACAUCAUCAAUAUUGGAUUCAUCAACUAUUUCCCCGAUAUGAGCCCUGGACACUGGCCGGGCUCCAAUUUUGGCAACCAGUGCGAUGGUUCCUACUACGCUACUGAUGAUGGCGUGGUAACCAAGUUGCUGUCCGGCUGUCAUCAAAUCAUGGAGGAUAUUCCCAUCUGCCAGGCGGCUGGUAAGAAGGUCCUGCUGUCUAUCGGUGGUGCCUAUCCCGCCGACCAGAGCAUCCUCUCUGAGGACACUGCCGUCGCGUUCGCCACUUUCCUGUGGGGAGCCUUUGGUCCAGUCGCUGAGGGCUGGGAGGGUCCUCGUCCCUUCGGGAAUGUCGUUGUUGAUGGCUUUGACUUUGACAUUGAGCACAACGGCGGUUUUGGCUAUGCUACCAUGGUCAACACCUUCCGUCAGUACUUCAACCAGGUGCCGGAGCGCAAAUUCUAUCUCUCGGCUGCUCCUCAGUGUAUCAUCCCCGAUGCCCAGCUCAGUGAUGCAAUCUUGAACGCCGCCUUCGACUUCAUCUGGAUUCAAUACUACAACACCGCUGCAUGCUCGGCUAAGAGCUUCAUUGACACCACUCUCGGAAAGUUCAACUUCGAUGCCUGGGUGACCACCCUCAAGGCGUCUGCCAGCAAGAACGCCAAGCUCUAUGUUGGUCUGCCGGCCAGUGAGACUGCAGCCAACCAGGGUUACUACCUUACUCCCGAUGAGGUGGAGUCCCUGGUUUCCACCUACAUGGACCGAUACCCCGACACCUUUGGAGGUAUCAUGCUUUGGGAGGCUACCGCAUCCGAGAACAACAAGAUCGAUGGCGCCCCCUAUGCCGACCACGUGAAGGAUAUCCUUUUGGACUGUGACCCGAGCCCUCCCGUAACCUCUUCCAGCGCUAUCCCAUCGAGCACUCCGGUGACCUCGGCCACCCCUUCGCCAUCAAGCAGUGCCGUGGCUUCUAGCACCCCUGCCGUCUCUGAGACCCCGUCGCCGUCUAGCAGUGCCGUUCCUUCCAGCACCCCGACUCCUUCUACGAGCCCUUCCCCCUCCAGUUCCGUCGUGCCUUCGAGCAGCCCUGCCGUCUCUGAGACCCCGUCGCCGUCUAGCACUCCCGUUUCGUCCAGCACCCCGGUCAUUCCUGGAACAUCUGCUUCGAGCAGCCCUGUCUCCUCAAGCAGCGCCGUUGCCUCGAGCACUCCCGUUUCGUCCAGCAUUCCGGUCAUUCCUGGAACCUCUGCUUCGAGCAGCCCUGUCUCCUCAAGCAGCGCCGUUGCCUCGAGCACCCCUGUCUCGUCCAGCACCCCGGUCAUUCCCGGUACUUCAGUCUCUAGCAGCGCCGUCUCCUCAAGCACCGCGGUUGCUUCCAGCAGCUCUGUGUCUUCGAGCACUCCCGUCAUUCCUGGAACCUCUGCUUCGAGCAGCCCAGUCUCAAGCAGCGCAGUUGCCUCAAGUACUCCUGCUUCGUCCAGCACCCCGGUCAUUCCCGGCGGUUCGUCCUCUUCUAGCGAGGCAGUCGCAUCAUCGACUCCUCUGAUUACCUUGACACUGACAGUUUCGCCUACGCCCGCGCCCAGCUCAUCCGGCACGAGCUCGGGUGCUGUUGGCCAGUCAGGCUCCAGCUCUACCGGUUUGUCCAGCUCUACCCAGACUGACGUCGGCACUUCCCCAUCGCAAACCGCCGGUCCAUCGACAACCGCCACUGCCACCACGUCCUCGUCUUCCUCUUCUACCGACAAGAGCUCUACUACUGUCGGCAGUGGCAACGGCAACGGCAACGGCAGCGGUAAUGGCAGCGGAUCGACAACCACUACCGCAGCGACCGACUCCAUCACAACUGCGCCUACCGCCACCUCUUCAGCUGCCGCUACCGGCGCCAGCUCGGAGCCUGUGACCAUUACCACUGUUAUCGUGACUUCCUACAUCGAUAUCUGCCCUACUGGCUUCACUACUGUGACCACUACGUACACAACCACAUACUGCCCGGGUACUAACACUGCGACCGCCACGGCCACCGUUACAAACCCUCCAUCUGGACCUGGUGGAGCCGGAUCGCAAACCACAGCGCCCACCGUUCCCGAAGGCUGGACCACUACUGUGACCGUCUGCACUCAGUGCGCUGCCAAGCCAACCACCGUGACGUUGACACUGCCUGUGACUGAAACUGGGUCGAAGUCGACCGGCGUUGUGCCCGCACCCCCUGCCGCUACUAGCGAGGGAUCGAACCCUACCCAGCCAUCGGGUGCUUCCCCCACCGGUGGUGCCGGGGGCUCUUCUGAAGGAGAGGUUCCUCCUCCAGCAGUGACUCAGGUCAGCACGAGCACCGACAUCGUGACUGUGGUUCGUCCCACUUCUAGCCGCCCUGUGAUCCUCGGUACUGGCACUGUCCGCCCUUCGUCGACGCUGGCCGUGAAGCCAUCGGCCAAGCCUUCGGGUCAAAGCUCCGGCAGUGGCUCCCACGUGCCCAUUCCUCCCAGCUACACUCAAGAAGCUGUGUCGCCCUUGUCCACUGGUGCCGCCUCGCGCAUGACUGGACUGGGCCACGGCUUGGCCCUCAUGGUUCUCGCCCUGUCGGCGUUCCUCGUGUUGUAG